AUGGCAUUUUCUGGUCCUAGAGGUCGUGGUGGUGGUGGUGGUGGCCGUGGUGGUCGUGGUGGAGGUCGCGGUGGUGGCAGAGGUGGACUUGGUAGCGCAGCUCGCGGCCGCGGUGGCGCUCGUGGUGGAGGUCGUGGAGGCCGUGGAGGUCCCCGUGGUGGACGCGGUGGUGGCCGCGGUGGUGGCCGUGGUGGUAAAGCUGGCAUCAAGGGUGGUGCCAAGGUCAUCAUUGAACCUCACCGUCACGCCGGCAUUUUUGUCGCCCGCGGCGGAAAGGAAGAUUUGCUCGUUACUAAGAACUUGACCCCUGGAGAGGCUGUCUACGGCGAGAAGCGUAUCUCUGUGGACUCCCCCGCUGGAGAGGACGGCGCUGUUACCAAGGUUGAAUACCGUGUUUGGAAUCCUUUCCGUAGCAAGCUUGCUGCAGGUGUUCUCGGUGGUCUCGAUGAAAUUUACAUCCGUCCUGGCUCCAAGGUUCUGUAUCUUGGUGCUGCCAGCGGUACCUCCGUCAGCCAUGUUGCCGAUAUCGUUGGGCCUACUGGCAAUGUUUAUGCCGUCGAAUUCUCUCACCGUUCCGGUCGUGACUUGAUUGGCAUGGCCACCCACCGUACCAAUGUUAUUCCCAUUGUCGAGGACGCCAGACACCCUCUCCGCUACCGCAUGCUCGUGCCCAUGGUCGACGUUAUCUUCGCUGAUGUUGCUCAACCGGACCAGGCCCGAAUUGUUGGUCUCAAUGCGCAUAUGUUCCUCAAAUCUGAGGGUGGUGUCAUUGUUAGUAUCAAGGCAAACUGUAUCGACAGCACGGCCAAGCCCGAGGUCGUCUUCGCCAGGGAAGUCCAGAAGAUGAGAGAUGAGAGAAUAAAGCCCAAGGAACAGUUGACUCUCGAGCCCUUCGAGCGUGACCACUGUAUAGUGGCUGGUGUCUAUAAGCGUUCUGCAUAG